AUGGAAAUUCCUUUGGAUCGGAGGAAGUAUCACCACCAGCCUGCUGUGGACAAUGCUGCGCUGCUCUGGUGGUUCUUGCGGGACCGACGCCUCGAUGUGAAUGAGGCAACUGAAAAAUUGGUGAAAUGCCUUCGGUGGCGUCAAAAGUUCCGUGUUGAGUAUUUGGGUCCGGACAUGUUUAUGAAAGAGCUUCGCGCUGGGAAGGGCUAUGUCCACGAGCACCGGGAUUUGGCCGGGCGGCCCGUGAUGGUGGCCAUUGCCCGGAGGCACAGCAUUUUCGAACGUGACCUGCUUGAAAGCUCUCGCAUGUGCACCUGGAUGUUGGAAACCGCCUUGAAACGCCUCAGCAUGGCUGAGCCACCAAAGAAGCCAGCCCAAGAACCAGAAGGCCCGCCGGAGCAAGCGUUGGGCAUCUUUGACUUGAGGGGAUUUUCACCCUUGCAAGCCGAUUUGGAAGUGGCCGGCUUUUUGAUUGAAGCACUGUACAACUACUACCCUGGUCGCACUGGCAAAGUGCUUUUGGUGGGUGCGCCCGAAUUGUUCAAGGCAUUUUGGGACAACAUCAAACCACUCCUCGGGAAGUAUUCGAAGUUGGCUGACUUUGUGACAGUGGAUGAGUUGCGGGAGAAUUAUUUCAAGCCAGGUCUAGAGCCUCCAGAGUUUCGAAAAGAUAGCUCUGGCGUGCCCGCGCUGGCAGUGAAAACCUGCGUGGGUAGCGCGGCUUUAGCAUCCUUGGCUUUUGCCGGUGCGACUGCAUGGUCAGCUCGAAAACGAGGUCGCACAGCUCGCGGGGCGUCACUGGUAGGAGUGGGAAGCUCUCAGAUCUCAAUAGUAGAUGCUGGGGCAGUGGACCAGCUUAGUGCUGAGGAAGCUGUCAGACAGUUGCAGAAGCAGAUUCCAAGAAGCUUGAAGUGGAGGGGUCGCCCGGCUUGCGAAAAUCGUGCUUUACUCUGGUGGUUCUUGAGGGAUCGCAAGCUGGAUGUGGGCGAAGCCGCAGAGAAGCUGCUGAAGUGUUUGAAAUGGAGGCAGGACUUCAGUGUGGAAAAGUUGGGUCCAGAGCUUUUCAUGAAAGAAAUGCGCUCAAGAAAGGCAUACCUUCACACACACCAUGACAUUGCUGGGCGUCCAGUGCUGGUGGUGGUUGCCAACCGACAUAAUGUGCUGGAACGGCGCUUUAAAGAGAGCUGCUGUAUGUGUGCAUGGUACAUGGAGCGGGUCCUUGACAAGCUCCGCACCUUAGAGCCUUCUGGAGCUCCGGAGGAGCAGAUGGAGAUAGAGCAAGCCAUUGCUGUUAUAGAUCUCAACGGCUUCUCCCCGCUACAAGCAGAUUUAGAGUUUGUUUGCUUCAUGGUCGAUGUCAUCCACAACUACUAUCCUCGACGCUUUGCGCGGAUUCUUCUAGUGGAUGCCCCGCAGAUGUUCGAGUCUUUCUGGAGAUCGGUUUGUCCAAUGUUGCAUCAUUACCAGGACCUCGCGGAGUUCACCACCGCCUCGGAGGUUUGCCGCCGUUACUUUGCUCCGCAGCAGGCGCCGCCGGAGCUGAUGCGCUCCUUCCGGCACUGA